CGACAGCGGCAUAGGGAGUAGCGUCGCCGAGUGUGUGCCUCUGCUUCUUUGGGGCUUCUAGGGUUAGGGUUUCCCUCUCUUCGCUUCUCCUAUCACUUCGGGGGAAACAUGGCGCAGGACACUGGUCGGUCUAAGGGGACGGUGAAGUGGUUCAACGAAUCUAAGGGCUUCGGCUUCAUCACUCCGGAUGAUGGCGGUGAGGACCUUUUCGUCCACCAGUCAUCUAUCAAAGCGGAGGGCUAUCGGAGCCUUGCCGACGGCGAAGCUGUGGAGUUUGCGAUCUCUGAAGGAGAAGAUGGCCGGACAAAGGCCGUCGAUGUCACGGGGCCCGGCGGGGAUUAUGUCGUAGGAGGAAACGCUGGUGGCGGCGGUGGCGGCGGUGGCGGCGGGCGUAGGGAUGGAUACGGAGGCGGUGGAGGUAGAGGCGGUGGGAGGUAUGGUGGUGGUGGUGGUGGCAGUUAUGGGUUUAAUGGAGGUGGGGGCGGUGGAAGGGGAGGAGGAGGAGGAGGAGGGUAUAGGAGCGGGGGUGGCGGCGGCGGCUACGGAGGUGGAUACGGAAGCAGCGGCGGCGGUGGCUAUAGCAGUGGUGGCGGUGGCGGUGGCGGAGCUGGUUCUUGCUACAACUGUGGUGAGUCGGGUCACAUGGCUCGAGACUGCUACAACAGCAGUGGUGGAGGUGGUGGGAGGUAUGGAGGUGGAGGUGGUGGGAGGUAUGGAGGCGGUGGCGGCGGAGGCGUCGGCGGCGGCGGCAGUGCUGGAGAAUGCUAUAACUGCGGUGAGGUUGGGCAUUUCGCAAGGGAGUGCCCUGCGCCAAAACGCUAGUGAAUCUUUCUUGCCCUCUAUGCUAUUUUGGUUACUGUCCCUCAGGCCAAUCUUACUGUUUUAUGAUCUGGGAUGUUCUAUCUAUGAACUGCACUUAUUUUGUUUUGAAGCUUUCUUUUGAUGGCCUGUAGGGUCGUGGAUAUGGAUUCAUUUUCUUUUGAUGUGGCUUGAUUUAGGUAGCUCUGUCUGAUGCCGUAAUUACUCUUAUAUUUUGGUUGAAAAGGAUGGCACAUUUAUUGUGCUUUAAACAAGUGAUACUUAUUUUGCGCUUGGAUUUUGUAAUGUGCUUCAUAAGAAUAUAUAUGGAUUUUGAUGGAGUAA